AUCGCACCCUGUUAAGCUAGGCGGUAGAGACGUCUUCACGCUGUAUAAAGGACGGCGUUCAGACAUAAUUCAUCCAGGGUUCGUCUCUGUUCACGGCUUCAGCAUGUUGAACCCACAGAGGAGUCUGUCUGAGCUGCCGAAGAUGUCCGCUGCCAGUCAGGUGGAGAGAGCCGUGCUGGAGGAAGAGUUCAACUGGCUGCUGAAAGAAGAGGUUCACGCUGUCCUCAAGCAGCUGCAGGAUGUCCUGAAGGAGGCCUCCAGACGUUUCUCCAUGCCGAUGCCGGGCCUGGAGAGUCAGCUGAAGCAGGAGAACUUCAUCCUCGGCAGCUCCACCAUGGACCAGGUGAAGGGGGUGCUGACUCUGCAGGGAGAGGCUCUGACUCAGGCCGACAUAAACCUGAAAGUUACCAAGAGCAGCCAAGUUCUUCACUUCCAGUUCAGAGAGGACAAGCAGUGGAAACUGCAGCAGAUCCAGGAUGCCAGGAACCACGUCAACCAGGCUCUGCAGCUGCUGAGCAGCCAUGAUGAGAGCUACCGCUUCCAGACGGGCGCUGAGGUCAAUAAGCUCAUGGAUGCAGUGAUGCUGCAGCUGACCCGAGCACGAAACCGCCUCACCACCCCCGCCUCCAUGACACUACCAGAGCUCGCUACCAGUGGUCUGAUGAAAAUGUUCACUCCUCCCAUGCCUGGAGACGUGAUGGUCAACUUUUACAUCAAUCUGAGCAAACUGUGUCUGACUGUCUACCAGCUGCAUGUCCUGCCUCCCAACACCACCAAGAACUUCAAGCCUGCUGGAAGCUCGGUGUUGCACAACCCCGGAGCCAUGUUUGAGCUGAACAACAACCGCUUUGAGGUGAGCCAUGUCCACAAGGUGGAGUGUGUGGUUCCCUGGCUCAGUGACACGCUGGUGUUCUUCACCAUCUCCCUGCAGCUCUGCCAGCAGCUCAAAGACAAGAUCUCCGUCUUCUCCAGCUUCUGGAAUUACAGACCUUUUUAACCCAGUCCAGCCUCCGCAGACCCAGUCUGACUUGUCUGACCCGGUCUAAAGGAUCAGGGACCCUGUCUGACCCGGUCUGAAGGGUCAGGGAUCCUGUCUGACCUGGUCUGAACUUGUCUGAAGGCUCAGAGACCCUGUCUGACCUGGUCUGAUCCAGUCUGAAGGCUCAGGGACCCUGUCUGACCUGGUCUGACCCCAUCUGACCUGGUCUGACCCAGUCUGAAGGCUCAGAGACCCUGUCUGACCUGGUCUGACCCCAUCUGACCUGGUCUGACCCAGUCUGAAGGCUCAGGGACCCUGUCUGACCUGGUCUGACCCCAUCUGACCUGGUCUGACCCAGUCUGAAGGCUCAGAGACCCUGUCUGACCCCAUCUGACCUGGUCUGACCCAGUCUGAAGGCUCAGGGACCCUGUCUGACCUGGACUGACCCCAUCUGACCUGGUCUGACCCAGUUUGAAGGCUCAGGGACCCUGUCUGACCUGGUCUGACCCGGUCUAAAGGGUCAGGGACCCGGUCUGACCAGGUUUGAAGGGUCAGGGACCCGGUCUGGCCUCGUCUAAAGGGCCAGGGACCCGGUCUGACCAGGUCUAAUGGGUCAGAGAUCCGGUCUGACCAGGUUUGAAGGGUCAGGGACCCGGUCUGGCCUGGUCUAAAGGGUCAGGGACCUGGUCUGAAGGCUCAGGGACCCUGUCUGACC